UACAGAGAAUUCUAUGGUUUGACAUUUCAGGUGAUUCAAUUACGUUUGCUCACUUUUAUGUCUUGUAGUUCUACUGGUUGUUUUUAAUUAUUUGUUUACUACAGGUUUUAAGGAAGAACAUUUUAUAUUAAGGCUAUAUGUAAAUGAGUAAUCAUGGUGUGUGUCUAUUACAUGGGAUGUGUGCAUGCCAUAGUUAGUUACUUCUGAGAAAGUGGGAGGAGAGCAUGAUAAUGGAUCAUAACUGUCACUGUGGUGCUUGUAAAUCUUUAUCAUGUUUGUUUUAAGUGUUUGUGCUGACAAAUUGGGCUAGUAGUUGUUUUGUGUAGCAUUUAUCAUUUAGCUUGAUUUUGAUAAUUUAGUUAAUUAUGGUAGUUAUGAAUGAUUAGUGGAUUAUUCAGCUCCUCUUGGCACCUAUUAUUUAUGUAUUCGCGUGAAUGUGCAGUUUUUGUGUGUUCUGAGUCAUGCAGGCGUAACAGGUGAGUAAGGGAGAGGAAAUAGGAUGUUUGAACUGUGGACACAAUUAGCCGGCUUUAGACCGGGAGAGGCUCACGUGAGUUCAGCUAUAACAAUAUAUCAAAGCAAACAGGUUCACACGUGAGGCCUUCAAACUCAAAAACACAAUGUCAUUUUAUUUGCCUUUAUUAUUUUCAAUUACCAAAAAUAACUUUCUAAAAUUGUAAGCCUCAUAUUUCUGCUCCAAAAAUGGGCCCCAUUCACUUCCAUUGUAGGCGUCGCACAAUAAACUUGAUUUUUUGUUUUUAAAGAAAACGAGGGAGGUAUCUAUAUUAAUAUUUGUGAUAAUUAGCAUUAUGGAACAACUGCUGCUGAUUGAGCUUAAUUUACUGAAACUGGAAUAUUCCUUUACCAUUUUUUAGAAUAAUAAUUUAUAGGUGCUGUAGGUUGACCUCCCUGAAAAUGUGUACAUUGAUAUUGACAUUAAAUGUUUUUUGAGCAUCCUGACCAGCUUAACCAAUGGCGUGAAUCUCUUUAACCGACCGAUUGCAAAUGGGAGGAGUGCUUGGGAAACCUGUUUUUGAUUCCAUUUGGGAGGCAUUAGCUUUCUACUGUAUGCCGGUCCAUAUGCUUAUAGAAGUGAAUCAGUGUAUCACCUGCAUAAACCGACCCAGAUCUUCUCUGUAAGUUUGAGCAAAUCUGUUUUAAUGAGCGGUUUUGAUAUCUUUAUAAGUCACCUUAUUUUGCCUCUAAUCCUCUUUCCAUUCUCCCGUGCUCUCUGCCUCCCUCUGGCUGGGAUCACGGCUGACCCACUUCGCAUCAGUGCCAGCGGUUGGCUCUUCGCCAUUUCUCUGAAAGACCAGACCAACAGCCGCAGCAACUCCACUAGGAGGCCCCCUGCCAGCUGCGUCGUGAGGCCCUGCCAGUGGAAAGCAGUAUUGCUAAGACAUUUUCCUGUCUGCAGACUGCUGGAUGUUCACGCUAACAAAGGGCGCUUUUGUGAGAUCCAGGCACAGGGGCUUGAGGUUGACUGCUGGCCCACAGAAGGGACUCUAACCCUGGGAAAUCAAGGUGUGGUGACACAAAGUGUCCUGGAAGGAACAAAAAUGACCUUUACUUGAUUUAAGCGCAGAUUUACAGUGGUUAAGGAGCAUUGCUGCUAUUACAGAAAUAAUGACAUGAGAGGUGGCUGGUGCUAACAUGUGGUGCCUCCAGUCUCACACACGAUUGAAAGCACAUACACCCCACAGAGACCCACAGCAGGCUUUUCUACCUUGACCUCAAGAGUCCUCUGAUUGACCCUGCACACAAAAACAUUCAUAUUCACACGCACCUUCUGUCUUGCCCACCGAUUGUCCUCAUCCUACAUCCUGUGGCAAGCUUCUCUCUUCCUUCCUUAGAGCAAGCAGGCCUGAAGGUUACAAAUGUCUACCUCACGCUUAAAGAUCCUCUCUCUACAACUGCGACCCUGAACACACUACAAAAAUGACCUCUAGCAUAGACCGGGAUGACAGCAGCAUCUUUGAUGGGUUGAUGGAAGAAGAUGAUAAGGACAAAGCAAAAAGAGUUUCUAGGAACAAGUCGGAGAAGAAGAGGCGAGACCAGUUCAAUGUGCUCAUCAAGGAACUGGGCACCAUGCUGCCGGGCAACACCCGCAAGAUGGACAAGUCUACCAUCCUACAGAAGAGCAUCGACUUCCUGCGCAAGCACAAAGAAAUUGCUGCACAGUCCGAGUCAAGUGAAAUCCGUCAGGACUGGAAGCCGCCUUUCCUUAGCAAUGAGGAGUUCACACAGCUGAUGCUGGAGGCUCUAGAUGGCUUCUUUUUGGCCAUCAUGACAGAUGGAAACAUAAUCUACGUCUCAGAAAGUGUCACGUCUUUAUUAGAACAUCUACCUUCUGAUCUUGUGGAUCAGAAUCUGUUGAAUUUCCUUCCACUGGGUGAGCACUCAGAGGUGUAUAAAGCUCUAUCCACACACAUGCUGGAGGGAGAGACCCUCACGCCAGACUACCUAAAAACAAAGAACCAGUUAGAGUUCUGUUGCCACAUGCUCCGGGGCACGAUCGACCCGAAAGAGUCGCCCGUUUAUGAGUAUGUCAAGUUCAUCGGAAACUUUAAGUCCCUCAACACAGUGCCUAACUCAAGACGUAACUGCUUUGAGGGAGCGAUCCAGCGAUCGCUGAGGCCCAUGUUCGAAGACCGAGUGUGUUUCAUAGCAACUGUGAAGUUAGCCAAGCCUCAGUUUAUCAAGGAAAUGUGUACUGUGGAGGAGCCCAAUGAGGAAUUCACCUCCAGACACAGUUUAGAGUGGAAAUUCCUCUUCUUGGACCACAGGGCACCCCCCAUCAUAGGCUACCUACCCUUCGAGGUUCUGGGUACUUCAGGAUACGACUACUAUCAUGUGGAUGACCUGGAGACUCUGGCCAAGUGCCAUGAACACUUGAUGCAGUAUGGUAAGGGGAAGUCGUGCUAUUACCGCUUCCUGACUAAAGGUCAGCAGUGGAUCUGGCUUCAGACUCACUACUAUAUCACCUACCACCAGUGGAACUCACGGCCGGAGUUCAUCGUCUGCACACACACUGUGGUCAGCUAUGCUGAAGUGAGGGCUGAACAGCGCAGGGAACUGGGCAUUGAGGAAUCACCUCCUGAUAUCUCAGCAGACAAGUCUCAGGACUCCGGCUCGGAGUCCCAGUUGAACACCUCCAGCCUGAAGGAGGCCCUAGAGCGAUUCGAUCACAGCCGCACACCCUCCGCCUCCUCACGGAGCUCCCGCAAAUCCUCCUCGCACACCGCUGUCUCGGACCCCACGUGUAUGUAUUACAUACCAAAGACAGAAGCCACACAGACAAAGCUACAGACAGACCGUAGCACACCCCCCCGCCAAUCAGUGUCAGCCAUUGAGAUGACAUCACAGCGGAGGUCCUCCAUUAGCAGUCAGUCGAUGAGUUCUCAGAACACAGGACAGACGAUGGCAACAUCUCUUGUGUCUCAGGCUCAGCAGCCUCAACCACUUCAGCCCAGUGUGCAGCCGGUGCUGCAGUUUUCCACGCAGAUUGAUGCGAUGCAACAUCUUAAGGAGCAACUAGAACAGCGCACACGCAUGAUUGAGGCCAACAUCCAGAGACAACAAGACGAGCUGCGGCAAAUCCAGGAUGAGCUGCAGAGGGUGCAAGGCCAGGGUUUACAGAUGUUCUUGCAGCCUGGAGGUGGUGGUCUCAACCUCGGCUCAGUGCAGCUGACGCAGGGAUCAUCCGUGCAGCCAGGGGGUGCUCUGUCCAUGCAGGGGGCGGUGGUGCCGGCAGGGAGCCUGCAAAGUGGCCUGCAAUCCACACACACAGCGACACAACACACUGUCACUCAGCAGGCACCGCCACAACAACAGAACCUUCUCAGAGAUCAGAGCUCCACUCUAACUCAGCAGUCUCAGAGGUCAUCCCACACAUUGCAGUCUCCUCAGGGAGCACUGCCUGCAUCUUUGUAUAAUACCAUGAUGAUCUCUCAGCCGGCGCAGGCCAACGUUGUCCAGAUCUCCACAAGCUUGGCCCAGAACAGCAGCCCCAGCGGAGCUGCGGUCGCCAACUUCGCACAAGACCGACAGAUACGGUUCCCUGCUGCCCCACAGCUCCUCACUAAGCUAGUAACCGGCCCAAUGGCGUGUGGUGCAGUUAUGGUGCCUACCACCAUGUUCAUGGGGCAGGUGGUGACUGCGUUUGCCCCACAGCAGGGCCAGGCUCAAACAAUCAGCAUCACCCAGCAGCCGUCUGCGCAGACGCCGGAGCAGCAGGCACAAACGCAGUCACAGACAGCUACAGGAACAGCCCAACAGCAAGGACAGGCCCAGGCUCAGCUUGCCCAGCACCAAACGCAAUUCCUACAGGCCCCUCGGCUUUUACAUGGCAACCAAUCUGCCCAGCUGAUCCUUCAAGCAGCGUUUCCCCUGCAGCAGCAAGGCACCUUUGCAGCCGCAACACAACAACAACAGCAGCAACUGCAACAGCAGCAGCAACAACUGCAGCAGCAGCAGCAACAGCAGCAACAACAGCUGCAGCAGCAGCAUCAACAGCAACAACAACAGCUGCAACAUCAACAUCAACAACAGCAGCAGCAGCUGCAGCAGCAACUGCAGCAGCAACUGGCAGCUCAUCGCUCAGACAGCAUGACGGACCGGUCCAAAGCACCACCUCAGUAGCUGACCGCACGUCAAGGACACAACCCAAUCUCCACUGAGCAGUCCUGCAGGCUGAGGGGCUUCUGAGGGGGAUGUUUGGAGCUAAAAAAAAUAGCAGUAUUUUGUACUGUACCCUCUCAGAUACCCUUCCACUGCUUAUAGGUGAAGGGCCAGACCUAAACGGGUGUUGUUUUUUCACCCCAUGCCCUCUCCGACCUAUAGGUAGUUGAUCAACGGCUGCUUGCACUGAAUUCUGGGAGAGGUCUGACCACGAAAGCCCAACUUUCUACUGGCUAGCGAGGAAACGGCAACGUCUGGUUUUCCGCAAACUGUCUCCACAACAAUAACCGCAUCCCCUUUGUCUCGUAUGCCCAGUGUGUGCCGUCAUCCCUCUUUCACAGGUUUAAUUUAUGCAGAACGAGCCACAGCGACGGCUUCAAUACUUAAAGAAGUCCCGCAGGACAAACGGCGUCUUUCUCUUGGCCUCUCUUUCUCUUCCUCUUUCCUCCUCAUUUUACUUGUCGCAAGUAAUUAUGGGUCAGAAAAUAUUUUUAAGAUUAUCACGUGGAUUCAACUUUUAUUGUACAGUUCACCUGUAAAAUAAUGUGUAAAUAUAGGGACAAAAGGAAAGAGAAACGAAUAUUUUAUAUGAUGCAUGAGACGAAAAGCGUAGUCUGUUAUUUGUAGCUUUGAAUAUACUUUUUUUUUCUAAUAUUCAGAGGAAAAAAGCAAAACUUAAUACACAUAAUGGCUGAUCUCUUCACAGACUUCCUUUUUCCAGUGGGAUGGGGGUAAGUGUGUGUAUGUGCUUGCGCACAUGUGUUCGUAUGUGUGUGUGUCUGCCAAUGCUGAAUCCACAGAUAGUGUCACAGUUGGUUUAAAACGGCCUUCGUGUUUUAGUAACACUGUUAAAGGAACAGGCAAUCUUUAGAUGUUUUGCAUCGUGUUAUACACCUUAGUAAUUGCAAACAUAUAGAUAUAUUUCAGAGAGAUGUUUUACAUUUGUAAAUAGUUUAAAGAGAAGGCUUCAUAUUUAGUAUAUCAUGCGAUUAGGCGGAAAA